UAUAACUCUUCUAGAGUUUUGGCUGUGCCCAUAAAGUACGGUUGUUCGAGUUUUCGCUCUACUAACAAUACUUGCACAGUGCACACGUUUAUAUUAUAUAUAAUAAGUAUAAGUAAUAUGUAACAUAUUUAUAUAUAAUAUAUAGUACUUAUAUAGUAUAUAUACAAUACUCUUAAUAACAAUAAUGACGAGGAAGACUGUCAAGUUAAACGGAGGGUAUAAUAUAGCAGUAGGUAACGUGCACUACCGGUUAUCAAUUACGAUAAGUUCGCUUGGAAGUGGUGAAGAACGGAAAUACCGCUCAAUUGACGGCAGCGUAUCGCAAUCGAAACAGGUCAUCGAGUCCUGCUAUGAUGUCUGUUUCGGCUCUGGAAAAUAAUAAGAGGAAAUAAAAUAAUAUUCGCGUCCGUACGUUAUUCCGUUUUGCCGAGAAAUCGGUAUAGAACAUCAUCGCCUCCGGACGACUGGUUUCGCUGCCGCCUCGCGUUUCUUUUUCUUCGAUCCUGACCGCAGUCGAUGGGAAGAAUAUCAUUAUUAUCGCACAGUCGUCCAACGCGUACGGAUGUCUUUCUGAAUGUUUUUCGCUUCGUCUGUCGGCACAUUUCUAUUAACAAUCUCGGUAUAAAAUAUCUUUGUUGAUUGUUAUAUUUUUUUUUUACAUAAAAUAUCUUUGUCGUUUUUAUAUUUUAAAUUCGUUGUGUUCUAUAAUCUCACGAUUGUGUUUAUGUGAACGUGAUUUUUUUCGUGCUGUGUACAUCUCUGUGGAUCAUAUUAUCUAUAUCAUUGUCACCUGUCUGCCUCGUAGGAUAUUCAAGGCCUCAAAGGGUGAUCGCUUGUGAACAACAACGGGAUUCGUCCUACGACAGUCGAUGUGAUGUAUGGUCGUUGGGCAUAACGGCCAUAGAAUUAGCUACUGGAGAUCCUCCGCUCAGUGGAUUGCAUCCGAUGAGGGCUUUAUUUCAAAUACCGCGGGAACCUCCACCUGUCUUGCCGUUAUCGGCUCGACCGGAUGCGCCCAAAUUGACGCACUUCGUGUCUAGAUGUCUGAUCAAAGAUUUCGAGCAACGGCCAACCACUACCAUACUUAUACACGACCCUUUCAUCAUUCACGGGUCUAAAUGCAUCCACAGGGUACGUGAAGAACUCAGAGCUGAAAUACGAUAUCAGAGAGAAGUCAGUGGUAGGGUGCAAAAACAUCCCGAUGUGACCACUAAACAUGGUAAAUUAAAAAGUAAACGCAAAAAUCCUCCCACUACCAUUUACGUUGACGACUUAGCAGCACUAGACAGCCUGUCAGAGGAAAGAAUAGUCAAUCAACUGAAAAAAAGAUAUCAGAUGAAUUUCAUUUAUACGUACAUCGGAGACAUCCUGUUGGCCAUAAAUCCGUUUACGCCGCUUCCCUUAUACACAUCAGCGGAACAAAAGAAAUACUGCAAUCAAAUGAGAGCGGCAUAUCCACCGCACAUAUUCGCGAUUGCCGAUUCUGCGUAUCAGUUUAUGCUUCACGAAAAGGCCAAUCAAUCUAUAGUGAUCAGUGGUGAAAGCGGUGCCGGGAAAACUGAAUCCGGUAACCUAUUGCUCAAACAACUAGUGUACCUUGGCAAAGCGCCAAACAGAAAUCUAGAGCAAAGAAUACUCCAGAUGAACCCUAUUAUGGAAGCAUUUGGAAAUGCAAGAACAGGAAUCAAUAACAAUUCUUCAAGAUUCGGAAAAUUUUUAGAGUUGAGCAUGACCAAAAGCGGUCAAUUAACAGGGGCGAGAGUAUCAGUUUACCUACUAGAACAAUCCAGAGUCAUUCAACAAGCAAAUAGGGAAAGUAAUUUCCAUGCUUUUUACUAUAUUUACGAUGGACUAGAACAUGAUAAACGACUCAAAGAGUUUCAUUUGGAUCGUGAGUUACGACAAAUGCAUAGUUAUCUUCCAUCUGAUCGUCAAGAUAACAAAACAAAACAAAAUAAUGUAGAUAAGUUUGCUCAACUGAAAAAUGCUUUUGAACAAGUUGGUUUCAAGGAUGAAGAAGUAAAUUCUAUAUACUGCAUUUUAGCAGCUAUCUUGCACUUGGGUGAUAUAGAAUUUGGAGAAAUCAUCACUGACAACAAUACAGACAAUAAGAGUACUGUUAUUGAUUUAACACCAAUUCAUAGAACCUCAUGUUUGUUAGACAUUGAAAGUUCGGAUCUAUUAGAAUGUUUGAGUGUUAACAGUGUAGUUACAAGAGGUGAAAUUAUUCAAAGAAAUAAUUCUGUAUCAGAAGCUGUAGCUACAAGAGAUGCAAUUGCUCGGGCUUUGUACAGUCGAUUAUUUGAUUGGUUGGUUAACUCAAUCAAUAGCUUAUUGUCUUUUUAUAAUACCAGAGAGGAAUACAAUGUGAUAGGAAUACUUGAUAUUUUCGGUUUUGAAAAUUUUACAUACAAUUCCUUUGAACAACUUUGUAUAAAUAUUGCUAAUGAGCAGCUUCAAUAUUUUUUUAACCAGCAUGUUUUUGCUUUGGAACAAGCUGAAUACGAAUCAGAGGGUGUCCCAGUUCAACAUGUUGGUUUUUGUGACAACAGACCUGUAUUAGAUAUGCUUGUAAGUAGACCAAUGGGCCUACUGGCAUUACUUGACGAGGAAAGCCGUUUUCCUAGAGCAACAGAUCGUUCACUAGUUGAAAAAUUCCAUUGCAACAUUAAAUGUAAUUACUAUGUAAGGCCAAAAUCAAAUGCUUUACAAUUUGAAGUGAAACAUUUUGCUGGCAAUGUUACUUACCAAGCAUCGGGAAUGCUAGAAAAGAAUAGGCACCUUUUAGCUAUAGAGGCUAUUCAGGUCUUAAGAAAAUCCAACAACAAAACUGUUCGAGCAUUAUUCCAAAGUCCAGUUACUAAAACUGGCAAUCUUUAUUCUCAAGACUCAUCUACGGGGUUAGUUGGACUCGCUUCACAAUCUCGAGGACAACAAACUGCAGCAACAUAUUUUAGACAUUCAUUAGCUGAACUGUUACAUCGUAUGGGUUGUAAUAAUUCAGGUGUAAGUUUGCCUAGAUUUGUUCGUUGUAUCAAACCAAAUGAUCAACGGCAACCAAAGCAGUUUGAUCCUCUUAAAGUUGUUGCUCAAUUACGCUGCAGUGGAGUCAUGGAAACAAUUAGAAUAAGACGAAAUGGAUACUCGCAUAGGUUACUAUUUAAAGAUUUUAUAAGCAGGUAUGCAAUUUUAGGAUUCCGAUUGUACGAAAAAGUCCCUCCAACUAGAGAUAAUUGUAAACACUUGUUGGUUAAGCUAAAAUUAGAUGGCUGGGCAAUUGGAAAAACAAAAGUAUUCUUAAAGUAUUACCAUAUUGAACACCUAACUAAAUUACAUGAAAAACAACUACGUCACAUAAUAUUUGUACAGAGUUGUGUUCGACGAUGGCUAGCAAUGAAGCAUUAUAGGGAAGCUUUGUUGGCUAAACAAAUGUCAUGGGGAGCAUUAACAUUACAAAAGCAUACUAGAGGAUGGCUUGCACGACAAAAGAAAAAAAAGUCAAAAGGAGAAAUACCUGUUGGCGAAGUAGCCCCAAUAUACAGACAAGAACCCAAAGAAAAUGAUAGUCCAAUAAUUAAAAAUCAAAAUAAAGUUAGCCCUGUUAUUGUGGCAGAAAACAAAAAAACCUAUAUCCAACAAAAUGGUGUCAAGGUGUUGCCGUGUAAAGUGCAACAAAAAGUAGAAAGAGAAAAGCAUUUGAUUGAUUUUUCGAAAAAUGUUCACGCUUGCAACAAAGAAUUCUACAAGUUCAUUAAGAAAACAAACAUUUCUAUUUGUUUGAACGAUUUGAAAGACUUUAAUACAACUGGUCAGAAGGGUUUAGUACAUAAUGCCAUCAAAAAACUUGUGAAUGAAAAUUAUUGUAAAUUUGAUUCUGAAAACAGAAUGAGCUCAAUAACUGCAAAAACAAAUAACAUCCAACCAGUAAAUAAACCAAAAUGGGUCUCACCAUUAAGAUUAACUCCUCCAGACAUUAAUAGACUACCAGAAGGGUUUGAUUUCCGACAAUUAUUGAGGCCUACCCAACAUGCACCCACAGAAUCCUUACGUAAAAGACUGGUACAGAGAUCAAGACCAGUAGCGGCCAAUGCCAAAGGAUAACAUAAUAACAUUUAAAGUUUGUUUUUUUUUGUAAACAGUAUUUAUAAUAUUUUUGUAAUGAUUGAAUUUAUUUAAUAUUUAUAUAUUUAUUAUCUGAAAACAAAAAUAAUUUAAGCUUAAUAUGAGCUGUCCAAUUAUGAAAGAAAAUAAUUGUUUUUAUUCUA